GGGUGGGGAUACGGCGGCGGCGGACUGCGGUUUCUGUCUGGACGACAUCCCUUCAGCUGAUCACCACCCCGGUCCUGCUGUUGUGUUCGGCUUCCCGCCGAUUUAGUAUUUACGUGUGAUCUCGGAGCGUUCCGUUGUGGCGUUGUGCCGAACCGUCGGUGUAGCGAUACGCAUCGUCUUUAUCCGGCCGUUCGUGUUACAUAUUCGACGUUUUCACGUCAACAACGAUUUUUUCUAAUUCUAUUUAGUUUUGCCUCCUGACAACACUCAAUUACUCAAGCCCCGCCGAGACUAUAUCGUUACAAUUCAAAUUAUAUCAUAUGUGAUUUUUUUUUAAAUUUUUUUUUUUUCAACGGUUUUUUUCCUAUUUAAUGUACAAUGACUGAACGAAAAAUGAAGAUGAGAAAUUUUGACAACUCGCUCCGCAUUUACAACCGACAGGUGCUAUUAAGAACGAAAAUGCACACGUAUACCAAAAAGUAUAUCGAUAACUUGUUUAACAAUGCUGUUUUUAACACAUGUGAAGUUUCGGUAUUAAAAUUAACUGCAGAAGACAUAGCAAAUUAUAAAUUGAGUUUAAUUAAAAAUAAGGAUACACCCAAAGAAGAUGAUAAUGCAUUAAAACAAGAUAAGACAUGUAAAACCAAUAUAACAUCUAAAGAUGAUAAAAAGUCAAAAGUCGUUAAAACAUCUAAAAACAGUAAUACAUCUAUAGAUGGUGAGCCUGCUAAAAAAAAGCAGAAGUUAGAUACAAAUGGAAUAGAUGUUUUGAAAAUGGUAUUAUCUAGAGAGGGUGAAACUCAUAAAUUUAAAUCACAAUUCAAGUCUGCAUUAAAAACCAAUAAGGAAAUUAUUUCUACCAAUGCUGAGGUACCCAUGGUAAUUGAUUGUGAUGAAAUUACUGAAUCUUCAAAUUCCUCAGCUAAUAAUCUAAAACCAAGAAUCUGGGUCAUCGAUCCCAGGAAAAUGAUGGAUGAAAAUAACUUCAUUAAGUGGAUGAAAAUGAUUCGUCCUGAUAAUAAAUCCAAACAUUCAACAAACGGCCUGAAAAAGUUAGUAGUUGCCAAACCCUCUACAAGCGGACCUAAACCAUCUUCUAAUAGUACCAAAGUAAAUGGAAUUAAACACACUUUAAAUGGCAAAAAUCAUGAAAAAGGUGCUUUAAUUGAAAUUGAAAAUGUAUAUAAAAAGUAUUUUGGCAAAUCCGUACAAGAUACUAUUGUAAUUAUUGCGAAUAUACUGAACAUAAUUUCAAUGUCCAACAAACACCACAAAGCACGAAUGGAUGAAUGUAUUAAGAAAAAAUCUGAAGCUGAAAAACUUAAAGAAAGAUGUGAUGCCAACCGAUUACACGGAAGACAUAAAAAAAUUUUAGAAACCAAGUUGAAGAACAACUUUAUAAGCGUCGUAUCAUCUUUUAAAGAACCGGAAUUUGAUACAGCAUUUCAAAUGUUUUUUCUAAGUAUAUUAACUGUACUUCGAGUUUUGGAACUGCCAAAAUUCAGAAAAGGUAGUAUCUUCAAAAACUUGGUGCUUUUAUUAUGGAAUAGUUUGAAAAACAGUGAAUAUAACCAUCCCAAAAUUUAUAAUAUGUUUCGGUCAAAAACAUUUCGACCUGACUGCAUCGAUUUAAUAAGUCUAAUUGAAGAUAGUCGGGAUACUGACCCAGGAGUCACCGAACGCAUGUCAUUGUUUUUUGUAUCAACAGUAAACAGCCGGGAAUAUUUUCAAGGAGUCAUUAAUGCUGUUACAAGUGAUUCGAACGAUGACCUUGCACUAUUGAUCGAUGAUGCUACUUCUCAAUGUUGCAUUAAUUCAAAGUUUAAAGAUCCUGUAGAUUCAUCAACUGUACAACAUUCCAAUUCCAAAAUACCAGUAACACAAACUAUUCAAAGCUCUUCAAAGUUUAAAGAUCCUGUAGAUUCAUCAACUGUACAACAUUCCAACUUCAAAAUACCAGUAACACAAACUAUUCAAAGCUCUUCAAAGUUUAAAGAUCCUGUAGAUUCAUCAACUGUACAACAUUCCAAUUACAAAAUACCAGUAACACAAACUAUUCAAAACUCUAUCAACUCUGAAACAAUUCAACACUGGAUCCUAGCCAAAAGUCCAGAUGGAACUUACCAACAAAUACCUGUGCUGAAUAAUAGUAUGUCCCAAACAAUUAAUAAUAAUGGAAUAGAACCGUCAAUUGCAACAAGCCGACCAAUAAAUAACUUCUAUACAACUUCUUCUAUACACUCUUCACUACAAAAGAAAGCUUCUGAAUUGACUACUUCUAAAAUGAUACCUUCAAAAAAAUGUAUUGUUAUUACGCCAACUAUUUCCAAUAGUCCUUUGGUGCAAGUAACAGCGUCGUCAACAGAAACAGCAACAUCCACAGCAACAACAUCAAAAUUUUUGACAUUCAAACCAUCAAUUCAAAAUAAAACUGUGGUUAACAGUCCUCUUCAUAGUGCUGAAGGCAGCACUAUUGUACUUGGUAAUAAACAGUAUCAAUUGGUUAAAGGGCCAUCAGGUACAAUGAGAGCCGUAGUCAAUGGUACUAAUAUAUUGCUGAAAUCACCGCCAACCCGUAUUAUCAAAUGCUACGCGAAAGAUUGUAACAACUCUGCAACAAUAAUGUGCAGUAGCUGCACAACGGUGAAAUACUGUUCCCAUAACUGUCAAAGACUUGACUGGUAUGCCAGUCAUAUAAAUGACUGUGAUCGACUGCUAAGCAAAAAGCUGGCUCGACCCUAAACAUUCCAUUACAUAUGUAUAUUUAAUUUCAAUGUUGUAUAUUUAUAUUAAAAAGUUUUUCAUGAAUUUAUUUUUAUUU